CGUUUCCAACUAUCGACGCCAUAGCUCUCACCAGCUCCCAUAAACCACCAUCACUUAACGAGACAUGCCACCACCGAUAGAAGCACUCACACCGUCCCAGGCGACGCUUCUUGCGGUUUACCUAGUGUCAGCCGCCGAUCUACCACGCUUACGGGUCCUGAUUGCUGCACACCCGAAGGUUUUCCUUACAAGUGCAAACAAUGAGACGCUCCUCCGCAUCCUACUGUGUCUUCCCGAGACAACUCCACCGGACACGUAUACGCCCAUCCUCGAUGCCGUAGUCGACGGAACCCCUCUUGAGCCCCCGGCGGUGGACGCCGAUACCCCCAGCAUCGACACCACAUCGGUCGAGAACCUCAGCUCCUCCCGCUGCGAGCGGAAGCUAUCGCAGCUCCUCCCAGCACCACUGCUACAAGCCGGCUCCUCAGCCUCAGACAAGCUCACCGCCUUCCUGAUCCAGCGAUCCGAACGGAUCGACGCCGAAACCGGGCUCCUCUCACUGAUCGCCGAGCUGCUCGCGCACUACACCGCCCGGCCCGGGCUCCCCAGCAUCGCCGCGCUGGCCACUGACGUCGCCGUCCUCAGCACGCUGGUGUACACCUUCUCGCGAGAGCCCGUCCCCUCGCUCACCACGUUCCGCACGCUCCCCGUCGAGGACGCGCUCGAAGUCCUGAUCGCCGACCCCUCCACCGUCCCGCGCGACCUGGAAGCGCUCGUGGUGCCGUAUCUGUGCGUGCGCGAGGGUGGGGGGUGGGAUGCCGUGUGGGCGCGCCUCAGCGCCCUGCCGUUUGCACGGAUUGUGGCGGUGGUGAGGGAGUGGACGCCGCCGCCGGAGGAGCGUGCUGUGCGAGCGGAGUUUGUGACCUGGGCCGUCGGCGUGUGUUAUCGCUGUAUGGAGACGGGGGCGGGCGUGUGGGAGGGGAUGAGGGCCGUGCAGCGGAGGGUGGUGGCGCUGGGGGGCGGCGGAGAUGCGCACGUGCCUGAGGUGCUGGGCGAUCUGGGUGAUGCCGGGAAUCCGCUGUUUGCUGCGCUGGGGCUGCUGGAUGUGGGCAUCACUGCGGCGGCGAUGCUGGGAAGGCCGCUGGCCGAGGCGGUGAAGCUGAGGUUGGAGGGGAGUAGGGAGGUGCAGAGUGCUGUGCUUAGACAGUUCGUGAGGCCGGGGACGGAGUGGAGUAAGCGCGACGAUGAGGCGUGGGGGAGAGUCCGGGAUGGGGCGAGGUGGUUGCGGAGUAAGGCGCAGGUGCUGGGGAGGCUCGAGGCGGAGGAGGUCGAGAGGGUUGUCCUCGCGGGCAUGCUGGCGGGAAUGAGGUUUGGCCUGGUGAGAGAUGUUUAUGUUACCAGCAACCACACCACAGAUAUCUCACUCGACGAGGUAGAGAAGUGUGUUUUGGCAGCAUUCAACGAUUUCGUCGAUAAUGCUACCAAUGGGAAUAAGACUCGAGGUGGCAUGAAGAAUGCUCUUCAAGCUAUCAAAACUAUCUACCCACACGCCUCCAACUCCCCCACGCUCUCCCGGGCGAACAGCCUAAUAAACGCCGUCCACAGCUUGAGCAACUAUACCAUGCCCAGUACCAACCGCACCACGCCCCUCAUCCCCGUCCAAAUCCGCAUCCACCCAGACCCGCUCUCGCUCCUAUCCAAGCUCCUCUCCUCGAACACGCGCUCCUACCAGCACCCAGACGCGCUCCUCCAGAUCGGCUCCGACCUCGUGCACGGCACCGGCGGCAGCGAAGCCGACACGCUAGCCGCAUCGCCGCGCGUCCUCGGAAUGUGCGCGGAAGCCGCACUGGACGAAGACGACUUCGAGAGCGCGUACGCAUACAUCACGUCGCGGCUGCUGCCAGCGGCCACAUCGCGCAACGAAGCCGCGCGCAGCACACUAUGGCGGACCGCGCUCCUCGCGGGGCGCUUCCAGUCGCCGUACGCUCUCCUCUCGGGCACGACCCCGCGCGGCCCCGCCGCCCUCGCCAACCUCGAGAAGAAGCGCGAGCUCCUGGCCUGGGCACUCGCCUACUGCCCCCCCGAGGCCCUGGGCGAUGUACUAGCCUCCUGGCGCAGGAAUGAGGACGAUAUCGAGGUGCUGAUGCAGGCCGAGGAGCUGGCGGAGGAGGAGCAUGCGCGCCUUGGAGGAAGCGUCGCGCAACGCAGGAUGAGUAUCGCCCGUGAUGGCGAGACACCCCAGAGUCUGUUUGAGGUUGCGAAGGGCGCUGCGAGGGUGUUUAGUUCGGGUGUGGGUGGCGGGAUCACGGCGCCCCCGAAGGAGGGCCAGGAGAGGGAGCGCAAGAGGGAUGUGGUCAGUGGGAUGGUUACUAGGGGGCUUGUUGGUGGGCUUGGGUGGGUCCUGGGCGCUCAACCGAGUGUUGAGGUGCAGCAGCGGUAGAGUGAUAGGUGGUGGUGGUGGAGGGGCGUUUUUCGGAGUUUUUUUUGUUGCUUUGUUUUUUCUUUGAAAAUCAUUGGGGUUGGAUUCAUUGUUUACACGAUGGCGAUGGCGAUUGCAACGGGGAAUGUAUACUAUACUACAUCAUGUGCAUGAGAUAAAUGGUGGAUGGAUGGCUGGAUGGCUGGACGUAAUAAUGGCAACGAAACGAAAACGUAUUUCUCCA